GUUGAUAUUGGAAAACAAAUGCAUGCAUUUCGUAAAGAUUUGCCGUCAAACCUUGGAAGACUGUUAUGUAAUAUAAUGUUAUAUCAUCGUGGGUAUAAGGCUGAAGAAUGGGCUGCAUAG